UCUUACUGGAAGUACUAGAUCUUUGGAAGGGAACACAUCACCACUCUAGAGUCAAAUACGUCCGGCCGGUACGAACCGUACAAACCAUCUUCGUCGACGUGAAAGCAUCGACAAUUUUCAAUGGAAUGUUAAAUCAAAAUUGAACAGCAGUUGGUUUUAGAAAUACAGGUAGACUCAUAUUGCUACUCAGUAACUAAUUUUGUAGAUAAUGAAGUUCACGCAAACAGCAUUCUUCGGCCUAAUGGCCACUGCGGCCACCAUGAUGAAGACGACGUCUGCCUUUUCUUUGCCUCCCGCCGCACGAUCUGCCGUUGGUGUCUCGAACUCGCSUUUUUCYUUGAUGAUGAGCGACGAAUCAUCWGCUGUCAGUGAGCCUGAAAAGCACACAGUCUAYGUUGGAAACCUCCCCUUUUCAUCCACUCGAGAACAAAUUUCCGACCUUUUCACAGAGAAGGGAAUUUCUGUCMUCAAUGUCGCCAUGCCGAUGAACAACGAGAGAGUCGACGAAUUCACUGGUAUGCCAACAUCGAAGGGAUUCUGCUUUGUUGAUGUUGCMUCCGAUGAAAUGAUCACUACSGCUGUCGAUGCCUUCAAUCAGAUGGAUAUGGGUGGACGCCCUAUGCGUGUCAACAAAUUGCUUCCUAAGGAAGAAGUCCAAAAACAGAACAAUCGUGGUAAGAAUUUUACUCCCGAUGGUACGUAAUCAAUUGAAAWCAGAUUGAGGACUCCAUGAAGCAUCCGGAUCACUAAUCUUGGUGGGAUCAAUGGAUGCAGUUGUUUGAACGCGAAAAAAUCGCUCACCAUGAUUYUCCCACAUUCCUCUCAACUUUCCCAUUUCAUCUCAAUUGCGUGUUGACUUGGAUGAAUUUUUUCGCAACGAUCAACUGAAAAAUCUUGAAACCACAAAAAUGUACAAAUUCGUAUUCGGAAUAAUGAAUGCAUCCCAAAUCCAACAACUUUUCYACAGGCCAAAAGAAGCUCUACGUUGGAAACCUUCCAUUCGAGUCGGAAUACGACCAGAUCAAAGAGCACUUCUCACAGUUCGGAGAUGUUCAAGAUUUGUAUAUCCCUCUCAGGGACAAUCAAUCCAGAGGAUUCUGCUUUGUAACUAUGGAUACGGAAGCUGCCGACAAGGCMAUGGCAGAACUCAAUGGCGCCGACUUCAUGGGCCGUCCCCUUGUUGUCAAUGAACCCCUGAAAAAGGGAGAAUCCCUCCCCCYUCGCGCUCCUCGAGCUAAACAAUUUAAACUUUAUGUUGGAAAUCUCUCAUUCUACACAACCCGAGAAACCCUCGAAGGUGUUUUCGAAGAAUUCGGAGAAGUCUACGAUUGCUACCUACCAACUGAUCCCAACACAGACCAACCACGUGGAUUUGGUUUCAUUACUAUGGAUCAACAAGAUGGUGAGAUCGCCAUCGCAGAACUUGACGGCCUAGAACUUGAUGGACGAUUCAUCCGAGUAAACGAAGCGCAAGGAAAGCGAAGACCCCCUCCUACCCAGGACUACGACAGUGAUGACGGGGAUGUGAAUGAGUGGUAGAUCUCACGGUGGUAUAAAUCAAACGGACGAAACAACAAUUCUAGAAAAUCACUGAGUCCAACCACCGAAUGAAAUGGAGCAUUGAGUGAAAAUGUAUCAAAGAAUAUCAAUUGCGAAAACUUGAUGAAAAAAACGAAUAAACGGUGACCAUUCUUGCUUUYAAGGAGUCAUGUAAAACUUACAUAGAGAAAUUUGAAAUGAUGACAUGGAGAAAAGUGGACASUAUUUCUACAGAAGAGCUUAUGAUUCACAAUGA